GCGUCGAAGAGGAAUGGCAGGUGAGAAAUUGCGAUUUCAUAAGGAGCGAGCCUCUUUCUCCUCCACAGUUGUAGUUGUCCAUCUUAAAAUAACUCAUUAAGACUCAGAGAGAGAACACAUACAAUUGUACAGCAGUCGUCGUCUAGGGUUCUUCGGAUCAUAAUCCCUCAAAAAUCCCCAAUUCACCAUAUUAAUACCAUCCUAUAAAUUAACCGCAUUGUUACAAUUCUUGUUGUCGAUCGAUUCAUUUCUAAGUUCAAUCUAAUGUGUAGAUGUACUCGAGUAAUUUGAAAGGGUUUAUACUGGCUGUGGUUUCCAGUGCCUUUAUAGGCUCUAGCUUCAUCAUCAAGAAGAAGGGGCUCAGGAGGGCCGGCGUCAACGGCCCUCGUGCUAGCGUUGGAGGAUAUGGUUAUCUGUUGGAGCCACUCUGGUGGGUGGGCAUGGUUACCAUGAUCGUUGGAGAGAUUUCCAAUUUCGUAGCUUACAUUUAUGCUCCUGCCGUUCUUGUGACGCCUCUUGGUGCUUUGAGUAUCAUUGUUAGUGCUGUAUUAGCCCAUUUCUUGUUGAAGGAGAAACUGCAGAAGAUGGGAAUGUUGGGUUGUCUCCUGUGCAUAGUUGGUUCCACGGUGAUUGUACUACAUGCACCUGAAGAGCAGUCCAUUAAUUCAGUUGAACAAAUCUGGGAAUUAGCUAUCCAACCAGCAUUUCUUUUGUAUACAGCCUCUGUGGUAGCUGUAGCAUUGGUACUGAUCUUGUAUUGUGCUCCCCGCUAUGGCCAGACUAACAUCCUCAUAUAUAUCGGGAUAUGCUCCAUGAUUGGAUCAUUGACAGUUAUGAGCAUAAAAGCUAUUGGUAUUGCAAUAGAACUAACGUUGGAGGGUAUAAACCAGGCCAAAUAUUUCCAGACUUGGGUUUUUGCAAUGGUCGCAAUUACCUGUAUCAUCACUCAAUUAAAUUAUCUAAACAUGGCAUUGGAUACUUUUAACACAGCAAUUGUUUCUCCAAUAUAUUAUGCCAUGUUUACAUCAUUUACAAUACUUGCUAGUGCUAUAAUGUUCAAGGAUUAUUCUGGCCAAAGUGCAAGCAGUAUAGCAUCUGAACUUUGUGGUUUUGUCACUGUGUUGUCUGGGACUGCUGUAUUACAUAGUACGAGAGACCCCGAUCCACCUUUCAUAACAGAUCUUUAUACUCCAUUAUCUCCAAAAGUAUCAUGGUACAUCCAAGGCAAUGGAGAACUUUGGAAGCAGAAAGAUGAGGAUGGCCAAACCCCUAAUUUUGUUACGGUUCUUCGGCAAGACUACUUCAAGUGAUUUUUAUCUGGUGAUAUUUUUGUUAGGGAAAUUCUUUGUAUUUGUUUCACCUAUUAAAGCUGCCAAAAAAAAAAAAAAAGAAAAAAAAUUUACAUUUCCAUUUUGUGGUGCAGUCCCGAGUGACUAUUUUUUUUCUUUGUUUUGUUUUUGCUUUUUCACAUUUCCCCUCUUUUCAACUUGUAGUUAUAUCAUAUUUCAUUGUAAAAAUGAAGUCUGGUCUCUGGUGUGUAGCCUUCUUAUUUAA